CAGCAGCUGAAGCCUCAUCAAAUUUACUGUUUCACUGCUUGAUAUGGUGUAAAGUGGGAAACAAUUGCUUCUGCUAUUCUAAAACUACUGUCAGUUGACUCCCUAAAUACAAAUUGACUUCAAUUAAAUAUAAUGAAUUGUUGGGUUUGGAAGGGAUUUCUGGAGAUAAUUUAGUCCAACCUCAGACCGUCUACCCAAAAUGCUUAAAAACUCACUGGAUGAAGUAUGUCUGCAAAAGUUAAGGCACGCAAAACUGGAGCAAAGCUUUGUAUUUAAAAUGGAAGUUGAUGUGAAUGGAGAGUCCAGAACUGCCUUCUCCACCCUCCCUGUACCUCUUGCAGAGGUGAGUUCUGCAGCCAGGAUGGAAGCAGAAAAGCCACGCUGUUCCAGCACCCCCUGCUCACCAUUGCGGCGGACAGUUGCGGGAUAUCAGAUCCUUCACAUGGAUUCUAACUACCUAGUUGGUUUUACAACUGGAGAGGAGCUGCUAAAAUUAGCCCAUAAGUGUACGGGAAGUGAAGAGAAUAAAGGAGAGUCUGGUCUUAACUUGGGCUCCAAACAUCUUGAUUCAGGACUUCCACGUUCCUCACGCUUGUACAAAACUAGAAGUAGGUACUACCAGCCAUACGAGAUCCCAGCAGUAAAUGGGAGGAGGAGGAGACGGAUGCCCAGCUCAGGGGAUAAGUACAAUAAAGCUUUACCAUAUGAACCUUACAAGGGACUUCAUGGUCCCCUGCCUCUCUGCCUUUUGAAAGGUAAAAGGGCUCAUUCAAAAUCCCUGGACUACCUCAAUUUAGACAAAAUGAACAUUAAGGAACCGGCUGAUACAGAAGUGCUACAAUACCAGCUCCAACACCUUACUCUUAGGGGGGAUCGUAUGUUUGCAAGGAAUAGCACAUGAGCUAUCGUCUUAAAUUUAGAAAUGGUUUCUGAUCUUUUCUCUGUUGCUCCAAAAAUCCACUGUUGUACUGUGUACAUGAUUGUCCACGUUGUAGGUGGUUUUAUCAGCUCAGUGUUACCAGAAAGUAAUUUAUUUGAAUACAGUCUUCGCAAUGCAGUGUUCUACAAAUACUUGGAGGGAGAAAUCUUUUCCUGAUCCAGCAGCUUCUGAUGCAGAUUUGACUGCAACUAGCGGAUAUUUCUUUGGACACAUUUUAACAAAAAAAAGCUUUUGAUUUUGGGGAUUUUUUUUUUCUGUACUGCUACAUCUAGUAUUUACAGUAACUCAGCACUGAAAAAUUGGUGAUGUCUGCUUGGUUGUUGCUAGUUUUGGCUUGAUGUUAGAAACAGCUCUUGGAAAAGUAUUUGAGGUUUUUUGGGUUUACUUUUUGUUUCUGUAGUAAAAUGUAUGGGUUUUUCUUACCACAUGGACAGGAAAAUGGGCUUGACUGGAUGAAUCACUUGCUAUUUAAAUAAUCCCAUUCAUACAUCUUGAGACUGCGUGUACUGGUGAUGUGGGUGAGAUUUGUUUGUAAAAGAAAGCUUUGCUACUUGAAUCCUAAUUAAUUAUUUUUUUAGUUUUUGCAUGGAAGUAAUUGCUUUGUCUUUUAUAUUCUAUAAAACAUGUUCAGAAUAAAUAUUUCAGUUAUUUAAAGCAAAUCUUUCAGGAAGUGAAAUUUUUGGGGGUGAUUUGUUGGGAGUUUUUUGGUGGUUUUUUUUGUUGUUGUUUGGUCUUUUGCUUGGUUUUGGGGGUUUUCUGGGGUUUUUUUAGUAGAUUUUGGUUUUACGUUGUCUUGAGACAGGAACUGGAAUGUCUGCAGUGGAAUGUUGGUGAUGUUUUUGAUUUUAAUUUGUGAUUUUUCAUUUAAUCUAUAGUGACACAGAAGGUGUCAAUUUCAGCGUAGCUUUGGAAAUUCCAUUGAUUUGAAGCACCUGAACACGAGCUCUGGAGGGCAGAUUUUUUUCUUGACAAGAGUGCAAGUGAAAUAUUUCUUGACAGCGUUGAAGAGAUGAUCUUGAAUUUUUCAGCAUAAUAAUGCUUUUGUUGCUUUUGUUGCUUAAUAAAUUUUUAAUUUUUAAUUUUUAAUUUUUAAUAAAUUUUUAUCCAAACAUGACAUCAAAUGCGGUUUUGACAGCUAUAUUUCUAGAUGUGUUUAAAACAUUUUGAUAACUAUUGUUUAGAAAUGAAAAAUAGUUUUCAUGCUGUCUUUUAUUUUAGGUGCGGUCUUUUACUGAAGCAUAUGCAUAACUUGAUUUUGCCUGAUGUCCUCUGCAGAAGUUAAUUGCUUUGAAACAUAAAUUAUUUGAUCAGUUGUUUCUGAUAGAAUUGAGAUUUGUUUGUUUGUUUGUUUAUCACUCAGAAUUACUAGAAAGCACUAGUUAGUGCACGUGCUCUGGAAGAUGAACAGUUCCUACUCUGUCACUUCACAGUUUAAAUGAAGGCAGCCCACCAGUGAGCAUUUUGUGGUUUGGUUAUUUUUUUUAAGGUUUAUUAGAAAAUACAAAAAAACCCUGUGUAUUUUUCAAAGUUAACUGUACUGCUGUAAAUUUAAUGUCUUGAGCAAUGAUCUUGAAAGUAAAGCCUUCCUAGAUAGUCUUUAGUUUGAAAAAUAUGUCUUUAGUUUGAAAAAUAUGUCUUUAGUUUGGUCAGAUGCCAAAGAAAUAGAGCGUUUGUUUAAGGAAUAAA